CAACGGUUCAUUCCGAAGAAAACCAGCCCGACGGUUUUCAAAUUUUAACCACAAUUUACCCGACAUGCCCUAUUCCUUGCGAUUCGCGCAUUAGUUUAAUUAUUUAUUUAUUUAUUUAAACACUUAUUUAUUUUGAUUAUCCUAUUAUAUUUCUGCGAAACAUUCUUUGAUUUCUAUAAUUUACGGUAUAAUUGUAAUUCAAUUUUCCAUUUGUAAUUUAUAAUUUGAAGUUUAACAAUUAUUAUUUGUUUAUAAAAAUAAUUUAAAAUAGUACUUGAAAUAGUGUAUGGAUUUUGAGAAGGUGCAAGUGCUCUGAAAUUUCAUGAAAUUUGAAAAAAGAGUUGAUUUUUUUAUGAAAAGCUGAUUUGUCGGUGAAGUGUUUGCGAAAGUUUCGAGUUCGUGGAAACAGUUUUUGAUUCUUGGAAAAAGUGAGGAAGACAAAAAAAGAAGUGUCGCUCGAAAUCAGUCGAGAGGAACGCAAAGGAACCUAAAGCCGGAGACCACGUUGCUAUUUCGAGGCUAAAACGCCGGCGGAACACGGAUGUUUAAAUCAGCUUCUAAAUUCAGAGUGUCAACAUGAAAUCUAGGGAUUUCGCGGUCUACACUCCGGUUUCUCUUAGCCCGGAUACAGACGAGGACACUUUAGUUAAUGCAGAAAUUUACAACAAUGACUUGGCCCAGAUUCGAGCACUGGUGGAGUCAUCGGCAAUGUUGAGUGGUUCGAUGUGCCCCUCAUGUGAAAUGCCAUUCGAUAAGGGUAAAAAAAGACGUCUGAUAGAUUCCUGUGGACACGAGAGAUGCUAUUCCUGUCUAUUUCGGAGUGAAGCUUGCCCUCUUUGCUUAAGAGGGACUAGGGACCUUUUUAACGAAGAAGACGGCCUCCAGGGCUCUUUUCGCGAUGGAAGGUUUUUCUCCUCGGGGCCCUUGUCUAUACAGAGUCCAUCCGAGGACUGGAUCGACGACUCUUCAGCUGUAAAUUCCUCAUGCAGCAGCCCAAGACCUCGCACCAGGGUUAUCACCCGGCCACAUAUUCCGCAACGAUCUGCUCAUCAGCGCGAUGGGAACGAAAUUAAUUCCUCCUCCGCGAUGGGAAAGGGUUUAAAAAGCAAACCUCCAGUUCUUCCAGAGUCUUCAUCCUCGCGACACAGAGUUCAGCCAAUGGCUCAAAGCUAUCCAACGCCGCCAGCUCAAAGGAAACGAUUUUUCCUAAACUCAAAGGCCCUAAAAAGUCCUUUUGCUUCUCAAAGAACCGGAAGACGAGAUCCGAUAUCUCCAGAGCAAAGUGCAAAUGACAAUCCAUCUGCGUUAUCAGCAUGGAUGACGAAUUCCUGGGAAGGAAAGUCACGAUGGACUGGAUUUGUUCUCGGGAAAAUCAAAAGCCUGUGGAGCAGUAGUCAGGGAACUACUAAUGAUGGAUUAAAUCAACUUGUCGAUUCGAUCAACAAAAUCCCAGAUGACGAAGGUGGUUGUGUCAAGCCCCUGUCAUCAAAAACAAAAAAAUCCUCCCAAUCAGACCUUUACAUGAGAUUGGGACUUCUACUAGGAAAUGGAAGACAUGGUGGAGUUUCGAGUGUCGAUGUGACUGAUCUUCCAGGUCAAACUCGAUUUCCACCUGGAUCUAAACUACGACUACCACAUCUCAGUAAUCUUCAAGGUCACGAUAGUUCUGCAAACUCUUUCAGCAGCCUAACGAGUUUUGAGACUCAAACUCAUCCUUCGACUAAUACCAGUCCUGUUUCCACUCUGACUGGAACUUCUAGCGAGGCAGAAGCUGUGGCAGCUUUGAGAAGUCCUCUAAAGUCGAAGGGAAAAGGUAAGGGAAAAGGAAAACCCAGAGACUGUGAUAGUGCUGGAAGUUUGGCUUCGAUAUCAACUUCAGCCUCUGCUUCCACUUCUAUGUCGAUGUCGAUGUCAGUUUCUGUCUCUGGCUUGUCGAAUGGUAGUGCCAGUCCUGUCAACUCGAGAAGACAUUCCGUUACGACCUCUCAACCUGGUCAGGUUGAUGAACUUGGACAAACUUUGUUUAAAAAUAGAAAAACUUGUGCCAGAAGAUCUGCCAGAGCUGGGACUGUUAAAGGCUCGAUUGAUUCGAAAACUCGCUUUCUUCAUCAUACAGUACAGUUGACCCUGAAACCUCUCUUUUUCGAAGUACCACUUUUAGAAACUGACCCCCUCUUCACUGGACGUCUCUGGCUGCUUCAAGAAUUGGAAGCAGUCAUCAAUGGAUCCAGCCCUGGAGUUUUAAUAUCCGGAUCACCCGGAACUGGAAAGACUGCCCUAAUUCUUCAGCUCGUUGAAUACAGUUGCUUUGGCCGUCGAAGGGACCAAAAAGAAACUCAAAAGCUUGAAGAAGAAACGAAUGAGACGGGUUCUCCAAACCCUCAGUCAAAUGUGAAGACUACAAAUGAAAGGAUUCGUGACCUGGCUUCUCACGUCGUGGCUUACCACUUCUGUCAAGCCGACAACAACUGCACCUGUCUGGUACCUGACUUGAUCCAUUCUUUAGCCGCACAACUCUGUCAGGCUCCACAACUUGCAGCUUACAGAGAGUACCUCUUAUCAGAGCCUCAUCUUCAAGGAUCCCUUUCACUGAGAGAGUGUACAGUCGAUCCAGAUCUCGCCUUAUCAAGAGGAAUAAUCGAACCCCUUUUGAGUCUCAGAAGAGCUGGGAGGUUGCCGGAUAUAAACAUGAUAAUACUCAUCGAUGCAGUUUGCGAAGCAGAAUACCACAGGCCAGAUAGAGGAGACACAAUCGCCUCUUUCUUGACCAGACACACCCCAAAUUUCCCCAGCUGGUUGAAAAUCGUCUGCACGGUUCGAACACAGCUUCAGGAGUGUACCAAACAAUUUCCCUACACUAAGAUUUGUCUUGACAAAAGUACAAACGACCCCGCAGGAAUCAGCAUAACUAAAGAUCUCUCAGAGUACGUAAGUUAUCGAUGUUCCCGAAGCCCAACUAUUCAAACGAACGUCACAGCUUCUUUAAAUGGCAAAGCUGAUUCCUCUAAUAGUGCGAAUCAGACCAGAUUUGUUUCUCAUCUAUUAAAUCUCGCCAAGGGCUGCUUCCUUUUUGUGAAACUAAGCCUGGAUCUCAUCGAGAGUGGACACUUGGUUGCUAAAUCUGCAAGCUACAAGGUCUUGCCAGUUUCCCUCGCUCAGAUAUACCUUUUACAUUUCAACCUGAGGUUUCCAACAUCAGCUUCGUUUGACAAAGUACAACCACUUCUUGGAGUUUGUCUAGCAGCUUUAUAUCCACUAACUCUUCCCGAAAUUUAUUAUUCAGUCAAUGCUCUGAACAUGGAUAGCUUCGUUUCUUGGGAUGACUUCAUGCAGAGAUUCAAGAUGCUCUCCGGUUUUCUCGUGAAACGUUUGGACAAUACAUACAUGUUCUUCCACCCAUCAUUCAGGGAAUGGCUAAUGCGAAGAGAUGAAGGCGAGUCCACAAAAUUCCUCUGUGAUUUGAGACUUGGUCAUGCAGCAAUAGCUUUUAGAUUAUCGAGAUUACAAGCUCCACUGGAUGGUGAAAGAGCUUUGGAACUUGGUCAUCAUAUUUUGAAAGCUCAUGUCUAUAGAGGUGUUACGCCUUGCUGGCCUUCCCGAGAUCUUCAGGCUUCAUGGUUGGCCUCAUCAUCCGAAUGUGUUUCAUCAGCACUCUGCACUCUUCGAAACAUCUACAGCCCAAAUGUUAAAGUAUCAAGGUUGCUUCUGCUGGCAGGAGCUUCUCCGAAUUUUGUGACUGAAUAUCUUGGACACGCCCCAGCUCUGUGCAUGUAUGCUCAUGAAGGUUCGGUGGAGAUGGUCUCCCUCUUGUUGGAGUUUGGAGCUGAUGUUGAGUUGACUAAUAGUCAAGGUUGCACAGCUCUGUCACUGGCGUCUGCUCGUGGCCACUGCGAUGUUGUCAGGAGACUCGCAGCAGCUGGAGCAUCAUUGGGCCAUUCAGACAUGGCAGGACAAUGUUCUUUGGUGCAUGCAGCAAGGCAUGGCAGACUUUCUGUCGUUGGCUAUCUUCUUGCCUGUGACUGGCAUAUUCCUAGAGAGAACGAGACUGAAAUUGUUGUUCCGGAAGUUCGAAGAGAAGAAGCUGCCCAGCAGGCUGUUGUUGCUGCAGCAGCUCAAGGUCAUGAAUCGAUUGUCGAGUACUUACUGGACAUGGCAGAAGUUACUGUGGACAAACCAGACACCUUGAUUGGAGAAACUGCUCUAACAAUUGCAGCUGCGAAUGGAUCAACAGCAACGGUUUCAGCCCUUUUGGGUCGUGGAGCAAGUCCUCUGGCUGUUAAUGCUAAAGGACUUUCGCCUUUAAUGCUCGCUGCGAGGGAAGGUCACUGGGGAACUGCUGAGAGGAUCCUUCAAGGAACCCUGACUGUGAGUAGUGAUGAAAUGACAGAUGCUAUCACACCACUGCUGGCUCAGAGUGACCCAGUAGGUCGAAAUUCCUUAAUGAUCGCCGCUGGCGAGGGUCAUACCAAUUUAAUUGAACUUUUCUUGGAUAAAGGAUCAGUGCUGGAGGCAACUGAUAAGGAAGGAUUGACUGCUUUGGGAUGGGCUUGUGUCAGAGGAAGAUUGCCAGCUGUUCAGCAUCUGAUCGAACGAGGAGCUGAAGUUAAUACGAGUGACAACACGGGAAGAACUCCUUUGGAUUUGGCCGCAUUUCAGGGUAAUCCAAAGCUGGUGCAGUUCUUGCUUGAGAAAGGUGCUGCUGUUGAGCAUGUUGACAUUCAUGGAAUGAGACCUUUAGAUAGAGCAAUAGGAUGUCGAAAUGUCCUUGUAGUUCAGUGUUUUCUUCGAAGAGGAGCCAAACUUGGUCCAGCGACUUGGGCCAUGGCAGCUGGAAAGCCAGAUGUCCUUCUUAUUUUAUUGAACAAACUCCUGGAAGACGGAAAUGUUCUCUACAGAAAGGGAAGACUAAAGGAAGCUUCUCAUCGCUAUGCUUAUGCGUUGAGAAAAUUCCCAGAACCUCCUGAACAAAUUCAAGAUCAUCAGCUUCAGGAACACAGUCAAUUGUUGCUGCAUCUGCAAACUUUUGGUCAACUUCGACUGAAUUUCUUGCUGAAUCUAAGCAGGUGUAAACGCAAGAUGAAUGAAUAUGAAGAGUCAAUAGAGUUGGCUGACGAAGCUUUAAAAACCCGACCAGUUUCAUACGAGGCUUAUUACGCCAGAGCCAAAGCCAGGCUCGACGUGGGUCUCAUCGACGAAGCGUUAGCUGAUGCUCAAGAAGCUCUCCACAUCAUCCCUCUCCAUAAUCGUCAAGAUCGAAGAGUUCUGACUUCCCUGAGAGAUGAGAUAAUUUCUCGCCUUGAAGGUUCAGGAAUUGGGACCAGUAAAGGUUACGAAGGCGGUUCCAGAGGUCGUCUUCGUGCCUCAGUUGACACGCUUACAGAACUGUAAAUGUAUUCCCUAGUUAUUCCACGACUUUCCACGCGAUGCUUAGAAUUAAGAAACGCGAAUCCCUGCUGACCGACUCACUGGUUUGAGAAUCAGCGAGAAAAACGAACCAAAUCGAGCGAUAAAAAUCGGUGAUUUCAUAAACGAAAAUGAAAAAUAAAAUGAAAAGUGAAUUGCCUCCUAGUGUAUAGAUACGAAUAGAUUCGCAUGCUUAUUCCAGUAUCCUUUUUGAUAAACCUUUCAUUUGAAUUUUAAUUCGAUUCUGAGUCGAAUAUAGAGUUUUAUUAAUAUAUUUGUGACUAUUCGUGUAUUAUAUAGUAUAUAGGUUGAGAGUGGCUUUACCGUCGUUGUUAAGUUGAAAUUAUUUAAUUCUUUUGUUCAGUAUUUUCGAAAAUUUCGAACCUUUUAGAAAUUUUAAAAAUUUUCCGAGCUUUACUUAAUAUUGGAAAAAAUUGUACGGCAAUCUUUAUUUAUUGAUUAUUUAAAUUUCUAAAUUUCUAAAUUUAAGUGGAAUGUAUUAUUACGACAUUGUAGAACUUCCUUAUCAUCUUGCCAUGAAGACAUCGAAUUGUCACGAUUUUGUAUAAUCGAAGUAUUCUAGCUCUACUUUUAAUCGAAGAGCUUAUUAUUUAAUUAAAGCUUGAGGUUUUUAAUUAGAACCUUGAAAACAUCUCCAGUAAUAAUUGAUCUAUAAUUGAAGUAUACGAAAUGUUAUUGACUCCCCAAUGGUGUCAAAUAAACGAAACUUUUUUUAAUGAGAAA